AUGGCGGCGGCACCAUCACUACCGAAGGUUGACGUCGUUGGUUCGUCCUCGAGUUCCAGUGAAGUUUCCGUGAAGUUCGACAAGGAUAAUCCUUCGGAAGUUUAUUCUACCACUGUUGAUAGUAGCGGAAAUGGAGCUGCUGUUCCUCCACUUUCCAAUGGUGGCAGCGACUCUUCAGGGAGUGCCGAUGCGAUUAUUUCUAGAAUAAACACAAUGCCUCCGGAAAUUUUAAAAUCCGAAAAGUUAGGGCGGCCAUCAAAUGAAGCUAGGCUGGAAAGAUCAAAGUCUGAAUGGCAAAGACACAGUAAUAAUAUACUUGCCGAAGAGGCAGCACAAAUAUUCGAUGAUAAAAUCUCUGUCCAGCAGAAGCUCAAAUUGUUGAAGAGAAUAGCCACUGUUAAAGAUGAUGGAACUGUAGAAUUUGAAGUUCCAGGAGAUGUUGAAGCUCAAACUCUUGGAGUUGGUUCUGAAAAUGUAUGUAAUGAAGUUGAUGAAGAACCUCAUGAUGCAACAGAGCUUGAAGACAUCCCCCCAUUGCAGAUUGUAAUGCUUAUUGUUGGGACGCGCGGAGAUGUACAACCAUUUGUUGCAAUUGGGAAAAAAAUGCAGGAUUACGGUCAUCGUGUUAGAUUGGCAACUCAUUCAAAUUUCAAAGAGUUUGUUUUGACUGCUGGGUUGGAAUUCUAUCCUCUUGGUGGAGAUCCCAAAGUUCUUGCUGGAUACAUGGUUAAAAACAAAGGGUUUUUGCCAUCAGGCCCUUCAGAAAUACCUAUACAAAGAAAUCAGAUGAAGGAAAUAAUAUAUUCUCUGCUUCCAGCAUGCAAGGAGCCUGAUCUUGAUUCUGGGAUUCCUUUCAAAGCUGAUGCAAUUAUAGCCAAUCCCCCGGCAUACGGGCAUACACAUGUUGCAGAAGCACUGAAUAUACCAAUUCAUAUAUUUUUCACAAUGCCAUGGACGCCAACCAGUGAAUUUCCUCAUCCUUUGUCCCGUGUUAAGCAACCAGCUGGAUAUAGGCUAUCAUAUCAGAUUGUCGACUCCUUGAUUUGGCUAGGAAUACGGGACAUGAUAAACGAUGUUAGAAAAAAGAAGCUUAAGCUGCGGCCAGUCACAUAUUUGAGUGGUUCGCAAGGGUCUGAGUCGGAUAUUCCACAUGGAUAUAUAUGGAGUCCUCAUCUCGUUCCUAAACCAAAAGAUUGGGGACCUAAGGUUGAUGUGGUUGGAUUCUGCUUCCUUGAUCUUGCGACAAAUUAUGAACCACCGGAGUCACUUGCAAACUGGCUUAAAGCGGGUCCAAAGCCUAUCUAUGUUGGGUUUGGUAGUCUUCCUGUUCAAGAUCCCGAGAAAAUGACACAAAUAAUUGUUGAAGCGUUAGAAAUAACGGAACAAAGGGGAAUCAUUAACAAAGGCUGGGGUGGUCUUGGUAACUUGGCAGAACCAAAGGACAAUAUACAUCUGCUGGAUAACUGCCCUCAUGACUGGCUUUUUUUACAGUGCGCUGCUGUGGUACACCAUGGGGGUGCUGGAACAACGGCUGCUGGUCUCAAAGCUGCAUGUCCAACAACUAUUGUCCCUUUCUUUGGUGACCAACCUUUUUGGGGAGAUAGAGUCCAUGCUAGAGGUGUUGGUCCUCCACCCAUACCAGUUGAUGAAUUUUCACUUCCGAAGCUGGUAGAUGCAAUUAAAUUUAUGCUAGAUCCCAAGGUGAAGGAGCGUGCAGUUGAACUUUCAAAGGCCAUGGAGAACGAAGACGGGGUAGCAGGAGCAGUGAAAGCAUUCUUUAAGCACCUUCCUUGCAAAAAACUUGACUCUGAGCAGGAACCUCCAUCAUCGAGUCUCUUUUCUAUGAGAAGAUGUUUUGGUUGUUCCUAG